GUGGGACCCUGGCACCGGCGUUUUCCCGCGGGCCUCUCUCUCUCUUCCGGGCGCCACUUGCGCUGCGCGUGCCAUGGCGCGUGCCAUGGAGCGGGGGAACGACCCCGGCAGCGAUGUGGAGAUGCUGCUGGAGGGCGCCGUUCGCUUCGAGCCGCGGAGGUGCAAACCACCUGCUGCACUUGCCAUCACCAUCGCCAUCGCCUUGGCUCUCGCGGCUGUGGCUGGCGUUGCAAUGCAUUCCGCGAGGGCAAAGACCACAUCGAAUCAGGAGAUGGAAGCCUAUGACAGUACCUAUGACAAGUACCAAAUGCACACCUCAAGUUCGGGCGCAGCUUCACACUUCUCUUCGGGCAGUGCAGAGAGCAACGCCUAUCCCAAGUGGAACCCUGGCGUAGGCGGCGAUGAGUGGGGUAACUUUGGCGGCAGUAGCUGGCACGCUGGCGACAGUGGCAGCGGCAGCGGUGAAAAGGACACAUGGAGCGGCGGAGGGAGCAAGAGCGGUGGUGAUGCAUUCCAUUCCGACGGCGGCGGGAGUGCUGACGGCACCGCAGGGAGCAGCAACAGUGGCAGUGACGCAUGGCAUUCCGGCUGGAGCACUGACGGCACUGCAGGGACCGGCAGCAGCGGCAGUGACGCAUGGCAUUCCGGCUACACCAGUGGUGGGAGCACUGACGGCACUGCUGGGGACAGCACUGCUGGGAGCGGCAACAGCGGCAUUGACGCAUGGCAUUCCGGCUACACCAGUGGUGGGAGCACUGGGAGCGGCAACAGCGGCAGUGACGCAUGGCAUUCCGGCUACACCAGUGGUGGGAGCACUGACGGCACUGCUGGGAGCGGCAACAGCGGCAGCGACGCAUGGCAUUCCGGCUACACCAGUGGUGGGAGCACUGACGGCACUGCUGGUAACGGGAACAGCGGCAGUGACGCAUGGCAUUCCGGCUACACCAGUGGUGGGAGCACUGACGGCACUGCUGGGAGCGUCAACAGUGGCAGUAACGCAUGGCAUCCCAGCUACACCAGUGGUGGGAGCACUGACGACACUGCUGGGAGCAGCAACAGUCGCAGCGAAUGGAAUGCUGCCUACAGUAGCGGGGGCAGCAGCGGCGACAAUCACAAGUCGAGCGCUGACGACACCGCGGGGAGCAGUAACAGCGGCAGUGACGCAUGGCACUCCGCCUUAUCCGGCAGAGGUGGUCGCCAUAGCGGCAGUGACACAUGGAAUUCUGUCAACAGCGGUGGCAGCAGCAGCGGCAGCCGCCCCAGUAGCGAUGGCAAGAAGUUGACGUCCGGCUACAGCAGUGGUGGCGACGACAGCAACGGCGGAAGCAAGAAAGACAUCGGCAAUGGCAAGUGGGAUGCUGGCUCCAUCCACAGCUCCGGCAGCAGUGGCAGCAGCCACGACCAGCACAGACAGAGUCCUGACGGCACCGGAAGAAGCGAUAACAGCAGUGACAAGUCCAGCGACGGCUACCAGAAGUGGACUGCUGGCCACAUGACUGGCAGCACGCGCAGCAAGUGGGGAACAAAGGCAGAUGCAAGCGACAGAAGCGGCAGCAGAACAAAUGACAGCAGAAGCACCCACGCGACGAAAUCUGGCCAUAAACAACAAGGGAAGUCCAGCGACACCCCUUGGUAUGACAAGUGGUAUCACGAAAGCAGCCAGAGACCGACUACCAGCGGCGGUACUGGUUUCAGCCCCCACGUCGAGAGGUGGGGCUCCAGUGGUUUCAGCCCCCACGUCGAGCAGAGGGGCGAGGGAAUCGAACAUUUUGGAUAUGGCGAUGCCCAUUCUGUUCACGGCUCCGGCUCGCUGUACCCGGCCUAUGACCCCUAUGCUUGGUUUACCCCGAAGACAGGCACUACGGCUACAAGCACGCCCCGCGUGUAUCCCCCUGUGCCCACGAUCACGAAGUACGUGAACCACUACGAGGCGGCCAACCCCCUCAACAUCACCGCUGCCAGGAAGCGGAGCGACAACUACUUCCUCAUCCUCGGGGACUGGGGCAAGCCCGGCAGCCCCGGCAGCUGCCAGCGCCAAGUGGCGGCCAAGAUGCGGGCCUACGCCCAGGCGCAGAAGCUGGCGGGCAAGAAGCUGCUCUUCAUCGCUUCUGUGGGGGACAACUUCUACUGGACGGGGGCCACCCCUGCGGCCUGGGACAAGGUCUGGGCAGAGCCCUACGGGGUCCACGACCAAGCGAGCCCCUUUUUCCAUGUGCCCUGGCUCUCCGUGUACGGCAACCACGACUUCGGCUCCAACGACCCCCACGCCUUUUGCCCCCACCGGGCCCCGCGGAACUUCGUCGGGAAGCAGCGCCAGCCCUACGCGAGCCACCAGCUGAACAGGGACAAGUACCCCGACAGACCCAGGAGCACGGAUCACUACUGGCUGCCGGAUUACAACUACCACUACGAGCUUCCAGCAGCAAACCUUGAGGUGAUCGCCAUCGACACCAACGGCAAGGUGGACCCCAAUAUCAUCGGCGGGGAUCAAUCCGGCCGGCGCCUGGCAGACCUGGUGUGCGGGGGGAAGGCCGUUGGCGACGCCUUCCUGCAAACGGUGGCGCAGGCUGGCGUGGAGCUGCUCCUUGAGCGGGCGCGGAACAACACAGCGGGCACGGUGCUUUUGAUCCAGCACUACCCGGGCCAAUGCCCGCGUGGGCUCUUUGAGAGUGCCCUACCGCCAGCACGCAAGGGCAAGGUCAAAGUUUUGUGCGCCUACGGCCACGACCAUACCCAGGCAUGCGAUAUGAAAGAUCCCUCCGGGCUGUGCGUGGACAUCUUGUCGGGCGGGGGCGGUGGGUGUUGCGCGCCGGUCGUGAACCUCGCGGGCUUCGGCGCGGUGCAUCUGGACGAGCAGGAGGGAGUCCAGUCUGUGGUCGUGGAGAGCGACGACGUGCGCUUGCCGAUGAACAGCUGUGAGUGGUAGAGAGCAUGAUGGGACUCUGACAGCAGGGCCUCACUUGCCC